AAUCUGAGACCUCGGGUUAAGAAUAAAAGGAUUUCAUACAUCCCGCCUCAACCACUGUGAUUAUACUUACUGGUUAUUAGUUCCUUCUAGCUGUUAUAAAUAGAGCCUAGUGAAUGUGAACCUUCAUCAAUUAACUUCGAAAGAUCAGCAUAAGUCAUGGCUUCAACUAGCCUUUCUUCUUUUGCUUCUUCACUUGUACUCUUCCUUUCUGUUUUUCUUUCAGUCCAUUUUCAACUAACAGAAGCUCAAGGUACUCAACCAAUUGUGAAAGGUCUUUCAUGGACUUUCUAUGACUCCAUUUGCCCCAACGCUGAAUCCAUCAUCAGGAGGCGGCUCCGGGAUGUUUUCCGGCAAGAUAUAGGCCAGGCUGCCGGCCUUCUUCGCCUUCACUUCCAUGAUUGCUUUGUCCAGGGUUGUGAUGGAUCAAUACUAUUAGAUGGUUCAGCGAGUGGACCAAGUGAGAAAGAUGCACCUCCUAACUUGACUUUAAGACAACAGGCUUUUAGGAUCAUCGAAGACCUUCGCCAUCGGGUCCACCGGGUCUGCGGUAGGGUGGUUUCUUGCGCCGAUAUCACUGCUAUUGCUGCUCGCGACUCUGUUUUCUUGUCUGGUGGUCCGGACUAUGAUCUACCAUUAGGAAGAAGGGAUGGACUCAACUUUGCAACAAGAAAUGAAACCCUAGCCAAUCUUCCACCACCUUCAUCCAACGCAAGUGAAAUUCUAACUUCACUUGCCACAAAAAACUUCACCCCCACAGAUGUUGUUGCACUUUCUGGUGGCCACACUAUUGGUAUUGGCCAUUGCACUUCUUUCACUGAGAGACUUUACCCUAAUCAAGAUUCAUCCAUGGAUAAAACCUUUGCCAAAAACCUUAAAACAACUUGUCCCACCUCAAAUUCGACGAACACGACUGUCCUAGACAUCCGAUCACCUAACAAGUUCGAUAACAAGUACUACGUUGAUCUCAUGAAUCGACAAGGACUUUUUACCUCGGAUCAAGAUUUGUACACGGAUAAAAGAACUCGAGGGAUUGUUACGAGCUUUGCUAUUAAUGAGUCACUUUUCUUUGAAGAAUUUGUGAAUUCCAUGGUCAAGAUGGGACAGUUGAAAGUGUUGACAGGUACACAGGGUGAAGUUAGGGGCAAUUGUUCGGCCAGGAAUUCAGCUAAUUAUAAUUUGCUACUUUCUUCUUCUUCUGUUGCAGAAGAGACACAAGAAACUUGGUCAGAAAUAUAAUGUAAACCUUUUGUGGUUAUUUCUACAAAUGUUAUACUGUUUUGUCUCUCUGUUUGGGGGAUGCGUGUGGGUGUGUCUGUGUGUGGGUGGGGUGGGGGUGGGGGUGGGGGGAGAAUAAGAGUACGUGUUGAGUAGAAUCUUUGUGUGCACAGAGUUCUUAUGUCUGAAAUGUGUGUGAGCUAGUGAAUAAUAAAACUUCCAUUAUUACUCUAUCCAA